CGGCUCCGCAGCGAUGGCGGCCCCGCUGGCGGCUCCCGCCGGGGCCGGGGGGGCGCAGGGCGGGCGCGGGCCGGCGCUGCGGGAAGGGGCGCGGGUGUCCGCGCUCUGCCUCGCCUGGUACGGGCUCAGCGCCGGCGGCAACGUGGUCAACAAGCUGCUGCUCGGCGGCUUCCCCCGGCCCGUCACCGUGUCGCUGUUCCACAUCCUGGGGCUCUGCGGGCUCCUGCCGCCGCUGCUCCGCGCAUGGAGGGUCCCGCCCGCCGGCCCCGCGCAGCUGCCGCCCCGCGCCUACCCGCGCUACAUCCUCCCGCUCGCCUUCGGGAAGUAUUUCGCCUCCGUGUCCGCGCACGUCUCGCUCUGGAGGGUCCCGGUGUCCUACGCGCACACGGUGAAAGCCACGAUGCCGAUUUGGGUGGUUCUCCUCUCGCGGAUCAUCAUGAAGGAGAAGCAGACGACGAAGGUGUACCUGUCUCUGAUCCCCAUAAUCACCGGGGUCCUCUUGGCCACCGUCACGGAGCUUUCCUUUGACAUGUGGGGACUCAUCAGUGCACUUGCUGCUACCCUGUGCUUUUCCCUUCAGAACAUCUUCUCAAAGAAGGUGUUAAGAGAUUCCCGGAUCCAUCACCUUCGGUUGCUGAACAUCCUCGGGUGCCACGCUGUGUUCUUCAUGAUCCCAACGUGGGUUCUGGUAGAUCUUUCUUCCUUCCUAGUGGAGAAUGACUUGAGCUCCAUGUCUCAUUGGUCCUGGACCUUGAUGCUGCUCGUAAUCAGUGGCUUCUGUAACUUUGCCCAGAACGUCAUUGCCUUCAGUAUCCUCAACCUGAUCAGCCCCCUCAGCUACUCGGUGGCCAACGCCACGAAGAGGAUCAUGGUGAUCACCGUGUCCCUCAUCAUGCUGCGCAACCCCGUCACGAGCACCAACGUGCUGGGGAUGAUGACGGCCAUCCUGGGGGUCUUCUUGUACAACAAGACAAAAUACGACGCAAACCAAGAAGCAAAGAAGCAGCUGCUUCCGGUCACCACCGGAGACCUCGUGAACCUGGAACGGCACCGGAACCCUCCUGAGAAGUCCCCGAACGGACUGGCGGGGUUUGCCCAGCACGGGGACUUCCAGUACGGCCGCGGCAACGUCCUCAGCAACGUCCUCCCAGAGCACCUCCAGUACGGGCGGCAGAGCUACCCCGGCACCUACAGCCCCAGCCGCUUCGACAUCUAGAGCCUGGCACGCAGGGACAGCUGUGGGAUCGCAGCGUCCCCAGCACAGACUGUCAGUACCCCUGUGAACGUCACAGAGCCAUUGACCGUGCCGGUUUGGCAGCAGGGCAGGUGUGUGUGUGUGUGUAGGGGAGCGGCACAGACCUGCGGCUGCUGCUGGGCAGAGCUUUAAACGUGGAGCAGCCAGAGCUGAGACUGAAAGCAGACCUUGUGCGGGGAUCCCCGUGAGGUGCUCGUGUGUCACUGCACAGUGGGACGUCUGUCGCUGCUCCUCUCAGAGUCUGCCAGCUGGUUAUUCUCUUGGCAGCUGAAUUCUGGCCAGUAUCUUGUUCCCACGCUGGUAACGUCACCUUUAAUUUGUCCUCUGAUAACGUUUUAACGAUACUUUUAAUGAAGCUUUCAGCAAGAAGUGGAAGUGAAGCAGAUUUCUGGUUAUCAGGAUUUGUCUGAGGAGGAUUGCCUGAGGUGUGUCAGUUUGCAGGCAAGUAACCCUGAGCUCAUCUCGAGCAUCCUUGGAACUCCACGUGGGUGUUCACUGCUCUUGUGCCUCUGCCUUCGGUCCUGGAGGACAAACCAGAAGUGUUUCUGAAGGAGCAGCCAGUGGAAGGAUUGAUCUCUGCCAGGAUGGGGCUUCAGGCACAGAGAAACAUCCACAUCACUGUUGUCCCAGUCACUGUAAGAGAACAACCAAGCCAAGCUUAAAUUAACAGUUGUUUCUGAAUCAUGUCAGUCCUGUAACUUCAGACAUUGCUCUUCCUUGGCCAUGCAGGAAACUCCUGCACAAAUAAAGUGUUUGGAAUAAUAUGAUUUUAUUUUUUGACUUGCUUCACACCUGUUCUUCCAAAACCCUUUUGUUGCUUUAGGGGUUGAGAGACAUAAGGUGUUUUGUUCUCAGUUUUAUGCAUGAAAUAUGCUGUCUUAUACGAUUCAUAUCUCAUGAAUGCAUUGAUUUGAAUAAUCAUCAUUCUUAAUUGUU